AUGUCACCAGGUGAUAGAAUUUUUGGAGAUCAAGUAGCAAAAGUUCUCGAAAGCAAAACUCCAGACUACCAAGUGAACGAUCUAAUUGUGGGAAAUUUCGGAUGGCAAACUGUAUCAAUUGUCUCUCCAGCUACGUUACAUGAAACUAGCGGAUUUCCAGCACCGUAUAAAUUAUCGGAUAUUGGAGGCCUAUCGCCAUCUUUGGGGCUAGGCGUUUUAGGAAUGACUGGAAAUGCGGCGCUUUUUGGAUUUUUAGAAAUUUGCGAACCAAAACCAGGAGAAAUAGUGGUGGUGAGCGGUGCAGCAGGCGCGGUAGGCAGUCAUGUGGCUCAGAUAGCCAAACACAUAGGUUGUAUUGUGAUAGGAUUAACUGGCAGUGAUAAAAAAGUGAACUAUCUGCUGAAUGACUUAAAACUAGAUGCUGCCUUCAAUUACAAAACAGUCGACAUCGCAUCAUCUUUAGUGAAAGUAGCCCCUCAAGGAAUAGAUUGCUAUUUUGAUAACGUAGGAGGAGAAAUCAGUAGAAUUGUAAUGGAUCGAAUGAAAACUAAAGGACGUGUUUCAGUGUGUGGUUCGAUUUCAUCUUAUAAUGAUGAACCCAAAAGUUCACCAAAAAAUCCUGUACUCACCCUACCUUCAAUCACAGCAAAACAACUGACGGUGCAAGAAUUUCUCGUAUGGAAUUGGUCAGAUAGAUUCAGUGAAGGAAUUCAACGAAAUCUUGCCUGGAUCAAAGAGGGCUGGCUAAAAUAUCCUGAAAAAAUUUUCGAAGGGUUUGAAAAAUUGCCUGAAGCAUUUAUUGACAUGUUGAAAGGCGGAAACAUGGGAAAAGCUGUCGUUCGAGUAUAAUAUAUUCAAUAGAUUUUUAAAAAAAUACCUACCUAAUUAAAAUCCUCACUUUCUUGUACAAAAUUUCGCACAAAUAAACACCAAUUUACCAUUUCAAGUUUGAUCUUGAAUUCAGAAAUUCUACCCUCUUUUCA